UAUUCCCUGAUUAGAGUAUGUGAAUAAUAGAUGCAGCAAUAACAUUAGAGGAUUGUGUGUUGGGGUGGAUUUCCCUUUUACUCAGUCGGGGACUACAGCAGCAUAAGCAGCAGCAGCAGCAGCAGCAGCGUCGUCGUCGUAGUAAAAUGCGGUGCUGCUGAGAAAAGCGGAGGCGAUAGACAGAGAGAGAGAGAGAGAGAGAGAGAGAGAGAGAGAGCUCCAGGCAGAAUAUUCCUUUCAGCAGAAAACAGAGGAGACCGGUCGUCCUCUCCUCCUUGGACAUGUGGUGCACCCAGCAGCAGCAGCAGCAGUAGCAGCAGUUACAGGACAGCAGCAGCAGCGGCGGCGGCGGCUGUGGCGGUGGCGGCGGUGGUGGUGGUGGUGGCAGCGACGGCGCGGCGUAGCCUACUACGUCUUUGGAGCUUCUUUUGUCUUUAAUUUCAUUUUUUUGUGUCCUUCGGUUAUGAGCUUGCUGGGGGCCUACAAGAAAAAGACCAGUUACGAUGGCUAUGAAUCUUUGCAGUUGGUCGAUAGCGGCGGAGAUAGCUUCAGCGUCGGCAGAGGGAGCAGCAGCGGCAGCGCCACACUCGCAGGCUCCAUAGCGGCCACCCUUGGACCGAAGGCAGGCCCGCUGAGAGAGGAGGACUGCAGCACCAUGGACAGCUCAGGUCCUCUGUCCCCAGAUAUGGAGGCCGGUUAUGGCGGAGGACUGUUGGAUAUGGUGAAGGGAGGAGCCGGGAAGUUCUUCAGCAACUUCAAGGACAACUUGAAGGACACACUGAAAGACACAUCCACCAAGGUCAUGCAUCAGGUCUCCACGUACACUAAAGGGGAGCUGGACAUUGCCUACAUCACAUCGCGGAUCAUAGUGAUGACCUACCCAGCAGAGUCAGUGCAGAUUGGCUACCAGAACCACGUAGAGGACAUUCGCUCCUUCCUUGACAGUCGCCAUGCCGACCACUACACUGUCUUCAAUCUGUCACAGCGCAACUACCGCGGCGCCAAAUUCUCCAACAGGGUUUCAGAGUGUAACUGGCCUUCUCGCCAGGCUCCCAGCCUUCACAACUUAUUUGCUGUGUGUAAGAACAUGCACAACUGGCUCAAACAGAAUCCCAAGAAUGUGUGUGUCAUCACUUGCUCGGAUGGUCGUGCUCCCUCUGGUGUCUUGGUUUGUGCCAUGUUCUGCUUCUGCCACCUUUUCAACAACCCGGUUCCUGCCAUGCAGCUGCUCAGUGCAAAGAGACCAGGCUCUGGCCUCUGGCCGUCACACCGCAGGUACAUAGGCUAUGUGUGUAGCAUGGUAUCAGAGAAACCCAGUCUACCCCACUCCAAGCCCUUGGUGAUCAAGGCCCUUACCAUCAGUCCGGUCCCCUGCUUCAAUAAGCAGCGUAGCGGCUGUCGACCAUUCUGCGACGUCCUCAUCGGUGAGACAAAGAUCUUCACCACUGCACAGGAGUACGAGAGGAUGAGAGAGCACAGGGUCCAAGAGGGUAAGGUAGUUUUCCCUCUGGGUGCAAGUGUGCAAGGAGACGUUGUUGUUUCAGUCUACCACAUGAGGUCGACUAUUGGAGGGCGUCUGCAGGCCAAGGUAUCCAACACCCAGAUCUUCCAGAUCCAGUUCCACACAGGCUUCAUUGCUCCUGGUACCACCGUGUUAAAGUUUAACAAACCAGAGCUGGAUGCAUGCGACUCUCCUGAGAAGUAUCCACAGCUUUUCCACGUAAUAUUGGACGUGGAGGUGGAGGGAGUGGACAAGCAAAAAGACCUGACGCCUCCGUGGGAGCAAUUCCCCUGUAAAGACCUCAGCCCCAACGUGCUCUUCUCCUGCCACCAGGAGCAUCAGGAUGCACUGGCUAUUGCUGAGCCAAGCCGGCCCCAAGGAGGUCCAGAAGGUCGGGGCCACGGUGAGGAGAGCGAACCCUCUGAUGAUGAGAUGCUCUCCCUCUCCAGCCAGCGAAGCAGCGCCAGCGGGCCCCCCCAGAGACCCGACCCGCCUGCCGCCCGAGCACCCGCUGAUGAAGUGGAUCUUCUUGGCCUUGACGGAGAGACGGUCAACCAGCCCCCGUCUACUGCAGCCGCCACCACGGACCUCCUAGGGGACUUGUUCGGGGGGCCACCUCAGCCUACCAGUUUGCCGUCAUCUGCCCAGUCCACACCACAUAAAGUAGUCCCAAACACUGCCUCGCCAUGCCCCUCUCCUGCACCAGCGUUUGAUCCCUUUGGGGCGGGUCCCAUGCCCAAGCCUCAGGACAUGAUGGGUUCAUUCCUUGGACCAGGUAACAUAGGGCAGCCAGACCCCUUCCUGCAUGCUGCUCGUUCUCCAUCACCCACCCCGCAGCCUUCAACCUUGGGCCGGAGUUCCCCUGUCCCACCCACCACUCCAACCGUCAACAUUCAGCAGCAAAACGCCAUGGGAGGAUGGGACUGGAACAGACCUGCUACCACAAGCACAGGAUCAGGCUUUGGUAUGGGCAGUCGGUCAGCCACUACUAGCCCCACAGGCUCGGUCCACAGCACCCCCACCCACCAAACCAAGCCAAACACCUUGGACCCAUUUGCUGACAUAGGCAACCUCGGAGGAAGUCUUGGAGGUUCUGGCUUCUCCAGUAAACCCACCACCCCAACUGGAUCUACCCCUUCCAUCCCUCCCAUGGGCUCCCCAUCGCGACCUCCUCCAUCACCCCAGCAUGGCUUUCCCUCGUGGCAGCCAGGCACCGGAGGCGGUGUAGGAUGGCAACCCCAAGGACAGGGCCCUGCCUCGCAGCCAAAGCCCAGCCCCAGCCACACCCCCAUGCCUCACACAUCACCCCAGAACCGACCCAACUACAACGUCAGCUUCUCUGCUAUGGGAGGGGGCUCGCCUAGUGCAGGGGGCAAGGCACAGGCUGGCAUGGGUUCUAAGCCCAAGCGCUUGGAUGCCAACUUUGAUGACCUGCUGUCUGGUCAGGGCUUUGCAGGGACCAAAGAGAAGAAAGGGCCCAGGACUAUAGCUGAGAUGAGAAAGGAGGAGAUGGCCAAAGAGAUGGACCCUGAGAAACUAAAGAUUCUGGACUGGAUCGAGGGGAAGGAGCGUAACAUCCGUGCUCUGCUGUCCACCAUGCAUACUGUGCUGUGGGAGGGAGAGACGCGCUGGAAGCCUGUGGGCAUGGCUGACCUGGUUACUCCUGAACAGGUCAAGAAGGUCUACCGCAAAGCAGUCCUGGUCGUCCACCCAGAUAAGGCGACAGGACAGCCCUAUGAACAAUAUGCCAAGAUGAUUUUCAUGGAACUAAAUGACGCCUGGUCAGAAUUUGAAAGCCAAGGACAAAAACCCCUCUACUGAAUAAACAACGAGAUGAAGGACAUCCCUGCUGAUUCUGUCAUCUAACCUUAGAAAUGUGUCACCACCUCUGGUCAACAUACUACAACCGCACCCUACAACAUCUGCCUUUAUACUUGUGCUUUGACUCCAGUGCCCACACUCAGUAAAACUGAACUAAUGACUCCCUGUAGCUCAAAUGUACCUACCUACUGUAUGUAUGUGGUGCAACAUUGUCCUUCCUUGUCGAGUGUCCUUAGCCCUUAACCAAUCCACCAAUCAAAACAGAUGUCGCCGGGAUGUCUAGAAAAAAAGAGAGAGGCUAAGCUUGAUUCAGAGGAGUCAGAUUAAAGGAGAGCGACAGACGAUGGACACACAAGAUAAGAGAAAAACACAUCAGGGAGUAAACUGAAUAAGCAUUUCACAGACUGCUCGAAAUAAAGGAUUCAGAGCGCCAGACAGUCUGUAAGGCACAAAAAGCAUUUAACAGCAAUCAAGCCAUUUACCCAUGCAACCUUCUGUUGGUAGAGAAAGUAGAUUUUGCUUUGAACUUUGUGUGAAAGGUGGAUCCAAAAUCAGUUCUGCCAUAUCUAAUCCGGUUUUUCAUUGAAUGUUAGAAAUACUGAAGUUAGACCUGCUCUAAGUUUGAAGGUACGACGUAAAAAUCUAUCAAAGUGUUAUAUAAAGAGAAUGAAAGCAAACUGCUGUUACUGCUUUUGACAGGUUACAGGUUGGAUUUAAAUUUAGUCUGCAGAGGAUGAUCAAAAAAACAGUAAAAACACACAUCAGAAGGCUGCUACAUUUUAAAUUCCCGACUUCAUAUUCAUGUGACAGAUUAAUAAAAAGCUACUGUAAGUACUGUAGGAGACUGAUUUAGCAUCGGUGUGUGUGUGAUGUAAUCAAGCCUUGUGUGUUUCCUUGGUUGCAAGGAACUGUAUUUUAGGAUUAGCACAUGUACAGUUCCACACACGAAGCACCGUGAGGCCUCAUGCAUACUCACUCAUAUGGUAGCAUGUAUUUUUUGCAAGGGAGCUCUGUGAAAGCACAAACGGACAACUUGACAGCCCUGAAGGACAGCCAUUGUUAUUUAUUUAUGAGUUUUGUUUUGUUCAUCUUUAUUUUGUUGCGUUUUGGUUUUAAUGAACUGCACAUGUCAUCAGUUAAUAUAUGUAAAGGACGUGUUUGGAGUUUUUUCUGGGCCAUUAACUCAUCAACUGGCUAACUAACAAAACCAGGGAAUAAUUUGUCAGACUAUAUCACAAUUUCUGUGUGUAUAGCCUUUUAUAGUCUGCAAUAUCUGUUUCUAACUUACCGAAAUGACACUUAUGUGCUUACACACUGCAGUGCUGCUCAUCUGACAUUUCUCUUGACCCCACAAACUCCCUACAUGCUCAAAAGAGUUGUGGUAUGAUUUUGCUGAUAUAUUUUUCUCACGAGAUGACACAUAAGCUGUAAGGCUGAUGAGUGAAUUAAUGUGCUUUAAUGUAUCUCACUGCUUCAUACCAUACAUUCCUAAUCUGUCUAUCUGCUGUCAUUUCAACAGUGAUUUGCAGCGAUUGCAUUUUUUAAAAUCACGUUAUGUAAUUUGUUUACAUUUGUUCUGUCACACCACUGACACUUGUAUUUAUGAUUUAUAAUCAUGUAGAUUUCUGUCUGGAUGAGUACGAUGUCACCGUUUCAUAUCAAAAUUGAGGUCGACCCAUGGCUCAAAAUAUCAGACCUUUUUCUGGCGUCCAUUUCUAAUAGUUUGAAUCCAGAACAGAUGUCAAUUAUCUCCAUGUAAUUACACUAACAUGCUGACUGACGUGAUUGUUCCUCCGUGUGUCGGAAAUUGACUUCUGACAUUGUAUUGUUGUGUAUAAAGUAUUUCAUAGUCCUGGAAUGAAGUCUGUGGGCCACUGACAAAUAUAUGCAAAAACAAAAUAUGUGUAUUUACUUACUAGGAAAUGGAAAUUGAAGACUUUUUUUUUUUUUUGAGGGGUUUGAUGUUUUCACAGGACACUAACGAUCCUAUAGCAUCCUUCCAGCUUUGUGUUACUGAUCCAGCUCCACGGUUUUUAUUUUACCAUCUGUUAUAAGUUUAAAAAUGUGUUUAAAAUCAAUUCACACACACAUAAUGCCUUCACAUGUUCAUAAACUGGUUACUGUUUUCAUGCUCUUUCUGUUUUGGAGAUUUCAGAUGAAGGAUUAGAUGAUUUUAUUUCUUCAACUAUCAUCAUGUUUUCUCCCUUUGUUGGACUUCAUUAUUACCCAGCAUUCACAGUUUGUUUAUCUGCGUUGAGGACUCAAUACUGAUCAGUGGAAAAAGAGCCUGCUAUAAAGCGCUGUUUCUUAAGCUGGUUUGGGAUCACAUCCCUGAAUCAGACACUGAGUAUGAAAAUGUUGAACUCUGAUCGAGAGGCUACUGCUCUCUUUGGUGACUUACUAGACACAGGAGGUGUGUAGUAUGUGCUUCUCUAUUUACACCGAGGAUCUACAUGUAAAAAAAACCUCCAUUAGCUCCCUCGCUGACUGAAUUCUCUAUCUGCAAUCUUACGGCUAUGUUAAAAAGCUAACCUCUAUAUUGUAGUCAAUGGAUGUGUGUUGUUUGAAGUCGUGGUAUGUAUGGAAGUGAUCAGAUUUGGGUACAGAUUACUGUACAUUAUGUGUUUGCCUGUCUGCUGUUCAAGUAUUACUAAAUUGUGUACAAGUUCUGUUCAUGUGCUCCUUUUCAGCUCUGUUUACCGUUACAGGAUGUACAUAAUGAUCAAGUGCAGUGCACAGAAAUAAAAAGUAAACAGAAAA